CUUAUCAUCCACGAGAUGGAUAGUUUUUUUUAGUUCUCAUGUAAAAGUUCGCCAUCGCUAGCCCAUGGACGAAAACAAAAGCAUGAACAACCAACAACAGUCAAAUAAUCCCGGUCAGAAGUCCGCUCCAGAGCAAAUGCAGUAUAGCAUACCUGGAAUCCUUCAUUUCAUUCAACAUGAGUGGACUCGUUUUGAAAUGGAACGAGCUCAUUGGGAUGUGGAGCGAGCGGAGCUACAGGCUCGGAUCGGUUUUCUAACUGGUGAGAGAAAAGGCCAAGAAAAUCUCAAACGAGAUCUGGUUCGAAGAAUCAAAAUGCUCGAAUACGCUUUGAAACAGGAACGGCUUAAAAAUCAAUCAGGUAAAGCAAAUGUUCCCAUGCCCAUUCCUGAUUUCGACGAAGAUGAAACUGACGAGAUGGCUGAUAACCUUUUGAGCGAACCUCAGCAAGAUGAACUUACGAUGCAAAAUGCAGUUUCUCUGCAACAAGGCAGAAAGCUUUUAAGAACAUACCUGAAAGAAAUUGGGUAUACAGAUUCCAUGUUGGAAGUAAAGGCAGCUAAAAUUAAUUCUAUUCUCGGAUUGGUGGGUGCUUCGGUCAAUGAUGUUCCACCCUUCGCGAAGUCAAAAACUGGCGGAUUGGAUUAUAAAGACUUCAAAUUGUCUGAAGCUCUUAAUGCGGUCAAUGCUGCUGAUAAUGAGCAAGGUAACCAGAUGUCUGGACCAAUGGUUGAUGUCUCGUUUCUGGAUGCUGCCGUGAAACUGGACAAGGAAAUGGAGGACUUUGACAACGAGAACUCUGUAGGCGGAUCUAAGAAAGAUGAUGAUGCAAUUGAUUCGGUGAUUUCUCUGGGCCUGAGUGAAAACGACGGCGAGGAUGAGUUGGGGUUCUCUGAGGCCACUGACGAGGAGUCCAUCCAAAGGGAGUUCGACGCCAUGUUCGACCUGGACUCGACUGUGGGUGGGGAUGUGAAUGAUGGUUCCUCGAAUGCAGAAGGAGAUGCUAUUGGGGGGACGGAGGAUGCCUGGGCCAGUGGAGCUGAGCUGGCAGAGAAAAAGAAAGAACAGUACAAGAAGGAGAAAAGAGCGGGAGGCGCCAAAUCCACACAAAGAGUGAAGACGCCGGGAACAGGUGCGAUUGAGCAGUUAAUGCAACAGUGGGACGCAGCUGACGAGAGCAGUGGAAGUAGUCCAAAUUUCCCCCCUAAGUUCUACGGCUCAGCGUCCGGGGGAGUACCGGGCUCUGGGGAUGAACCUCCAGGAUCAAGAAAAGGAUCCGAAAUGCCUGGAGAAAAUCUAGGAGCCCUGGGCGAGCUCGCUAGGCUGACCAUCUCAAACGAAGCAGCUCCUCUGCAGUAUGACCCGCUCUCAAAUUCAGUUCGUGAGGACUACAGGAAAACUUGGAACAUCAAAUAUACGUUACGAAGUCAUUUUGACAGUGUAAGAUGUGUCGCGUUUCAUCCCACAGAUCAAGUAGUAGUCACCGGCUCCGAAGAUCACACUUUGAAAUUGUGGAAUCUGGCUAAAUGUGCACCGCAGAGCAGUAAAAAGAACGCGACGCCGGAAUUCGAACCGGUGUACACGUUCCGAGCACAUUUAGGCCCGGUUCUGAAUGCAGUAAUUGCCCCGGACGGCGAUAAAAUGUUCUCAUGCAGCACAGAUGGAACAAUCCACAGUUGGAUGUUGCCCAAUGGAAAUAACGAUCCCUAUGACCCCUACGAGACUACGGUAUCUCUUGGGAUCUACAAGGAGCACAAAGAUGCAGUCUGGGAUCUGGCCUAUCAUCCCUCGAAGCCCCUGUUGUUGUCGGCCAGUGCGGAUUGUACUGUAAAGUUGUGGCGACCCUUGGAAGACGAGCAGACACCGUUGUUGCAGACUUUUGAAAGUUUACCAGACGACGGAGUGCCUGUGUCGUGUACAUUUGUGAGGACUGAUUCCAACCAGGCAGUGGUCGGAUUCUCCUCCUCUAGUUCAGUCCUUUACGACAUCGAGACAGGACAGCAGAUUGUCCGAUUCACACCACCCUCCGACACACCAGCUGAGCCCUUCUCUCCCAAACAAGUGAACAAGAUUGUGAAUCACCCCACUAGCUCACAAACAAUAACUGCGCACGAGGACAAAUAUUUGAGAUUUUUCGACCACUCCAGUGGUAAGAUGGUGCACCAGAUGGUAGCUCAUCUGGACUCCAUCACCAGUCUGGCCACUGACCCCUCCGGACUCUACCUCCUGUCCGGAUCCCACGACUGCUCGGUGCGCCUCUGGAACCUGGAGUCGAAGACCUGUGUACAGGAAGUAGCCGCACACAGGAAGAAACACGACGAGUCAAUUUACUCUGUCGCUUUCCAUCCCACCAAAGAGUUCUUCGCAAGUGCGGGCGCCGACGCACUCGCCAAGAUUUUCGUCUGAAUCAUCCUUGAUUUGCACCUUCUGCUCACAACCUUGUCGACAGUUCGAUACGAGCUGGUUCCAAAUUAGAUCAAUUGUUAUUGCGAUCACAGAGGUAAACUCUAAACGACACUAAUGAACCACAGACACACUAUCAUAUUUAGAAAACAUGUUUUGUCAAUUUUGAUCUCGCAAAUGCGCAAUUUGAUCGCUUCUCCGCGGUCGCAUUGGUGAUUUUUAUGUUUGUGCUUGAAUUUGUUGCUCGUUUUCUCUUUGUCUUUAAAUUUUAUUCGCUAUAUUUGAAUUCUGACUUCAUUGGAAUUGGGAAAAUUUCGACUUGCUUUAUGUUCUUUGGUUGAAAUGACAUUUUGAGAGUCGAAAUUUUUUUAUUUUAUUAAUAUUUGGCAUUUAGAAUAAUUUGUAGAUUCUAUUAUCAGUAUGUAGAAGAGAAUACGAAUCGUGAAGAAGUUCAGAGAAUUCUUUGAAAUAUUUAUAGUUCUAAUUAUAUAACAAUUAACUGACUGAUGUUGCACCCAAAUUAACCCAAUGAAUUUAAUUUUAUACUUCUUG